CAGUUGCACAACGUGUUCAUGCAGAAGAGGAAGACUAUGUACCAGUGUAUUCUUUCAGCUGCAUAAUAUCACUGAAUAACAAUCUGAAUAAACACAAGGCUGUCUUAUAACCCUCAUGUGGGCUUAAAGUCUACACGAACAACUCCAGGUCUGGAAUGUCAUUAUGGAGCAGAACAGCCUUCAAGAUCAGAAUAAAAAUUUCAAUGAGGGAUGUUUCGGAUAUGUAUUUGGAUACUAUUCGGAUCUGUCGAAUUUCCUCAUAGAGAAGAAGAUCGGCCGCGGUCAGUUCAGUGAAGUCUACAGAGCCACGUGUCUACUCAACAACCAGAAAGUUGCACUAAAGAAAGUACAGAUCUUUGAAAUGAUGGAUGCUAAAGCCAGGCAGGACUGUGUUAAAGAAAUUGAUUUGUUAAAGCAAUUGAACCAUCCGAACGUCAUAAAGUAUCUGGAUUCUUUUAUUGCAAACAACGAGCUCAUUAUUGUUUUGGAGUUAGCAAGCGCCGGUGACCUCUCUCAGAUGAUUAUGCAUUUUAAGAAGAAGCGGAGGUUGAUUCCAGAGCGGACGAUAUGGAAAUAUUUCGUGCAGCUCUGCAGUGCACUGGAACACAUGCACUCCCGCAGAGUCAUGCAUCGAGAUAUAAAACCAGCAAACGUCUUCAUCACAGCUAGCGGAGAGGUUAAACUCGGAGACCUUGGACUGGGGCGAUUCUUCAGCUCCAAAACCACUGCUGCACACUCUCUAGUUGGAACUCCAUAUUACAUGUCUCCAGAGAGGAUUCAUGAAAAUGGCUACAACUUCAAAUCCGACAUCUGGUCCCUGGGCUGCUUACUGUAUGAGAUGGCAGCUCUGCACAGCCCCUUUUACAGCGACAAGAUGAACCUGCUCUCGCUGUGCCAUAAGAUUGAACAGUGCGAUUACCCACCUCUGCCAACAGAGCACUACUCACAGAAGUUUAGAGAUCUGGUCAGUAUGUGCAUCAACCCAGAGCCCGACCAGCGGCCCGACAUAAGCUUCGUCUUGCAGUUUUCCACACAGAUGAAGCUGUGGACGACCAGCACCUGAUGAUAACACAAGAGGAGAACCAAACCAUGCUAUCUCUGCUCAGUCAAUCCAACCAAUUCAGCUAAAGAAACCAGAGAGAAUGCCAACAGUGUCUAUGCUGUUUUACGCCAAGCGUUUCUUCAGAUUAGUAUGAAAAGAGUGGUGAUAUAUUCUGUUGUGCCUUCGAAUGAUGAUGAAUGCUGAUUGGCUUAUGGAAAGUUGGUCAGGUCAUGUGACCCAGCGCCUCAUGUUGAUGACGUCAAAGCAAGGUGGUUCCAUUUAUACAUGUUCUUUUUUGCUGUAGGCUUAUAUUUAUAACAACAUAUACAAAACCUUACGGUUGAGUUACUUAUCUCUCUUGAUGUUUCUGAUACAUACGCACACAGUUGUUAAAGGGAUAGUUCACACAAAUAUUUAAAUAUAUUCAUUAUUUACUCACCCUUGAGUGGUUCCAAACCUGUGUGAGUUUCUGUCCUCUGUUGAACACAUUUUGGAAAUCUGAGGAAAAACAAAUACCAUCAAAGCUAAAGGUUACAGGUUUCCAAAAGAACUUAUUUUGUGUUUGACUUUAGAAAGAAACUCAGACAGGUUUGUAACAAGUGAAGGUUGAGUAAAUGAUGACAGAAUUUUCUAUUUUGGGUGAACUAUCCCUUUAAUUGUUCUACAAGGAAACAUGUGUUAGGGAAAAUGUUGGACCAGGAGUUCAGCACUCUUGAGGUAAAGUUUUCUUUAUAUUCACACAUUCAGACUUUCUCCUUAAUAAUAUAAUUUCACAAAAAUAUUCUUUGCAAAUUCUAACCAGUGAAAGUCAUAUUAGCAGCUUACCACUAUCAAUGUACAACAUUGUUCACAGUCAAUUAAAUAGUGCUAAUGUUGUUUUGAAGUAUUUACAUGUGAUUUCAGUCUGAAUAUUCAAAGUACUAUGGUAAACAAUAUAGAUAGCGUGUCAAGUUGUCACUGAACCAAUGAGCGUAUAUAAAACCAACUUUACCUCAAUUUCAGCAGUCUAGUUCUCUGGUCAAACAUCUAACCAUGUUAAAGUAUUCAUUAUAUGUUCUAAAGCCAAUGUUCUAAAGAGGCGAUAUUUUUAUGUGUUUGAAAGAUUUUCUCAUGUUUAAACGUGUAAUUAACAAUAAAAUUUAAUGUAAACAAUGA